GCUCGGCUCCAUCGUCACUCGUCCAACGGAACGCUUGCGUCCAUACGCUACCGUCCGCCCCGUCUAUUUAUCAGAGCUGCGAUCUGCGCCUGUUCGUUGAGCACGCGAUAUAGCCUUGACCGCUCACCAACCCCCACCGUCGUCCAGCGCCCAGCGCCUCUUUGAUUUCCAACUUGCGGCCCGCAUACCAGCCACUCUGGGUGUUUCAGUCUGACGUUAACUGUGGUACAUCCUCGACGCGCCUGCCUGCCCGCCUGCUCGCCUUCCCACAACGUCAUCGACGGUCCAGCGAGACAGCGCCGCCAUGGCUUCCAGGAAGAAGGUCCUGUUGAAGGUUAUCAUCCUGGGCGACAGCGGUGUCGGCAAGACGAGUCUGAUGAACCAAUAUGUCAACAAGAAGUUCAGCGCCAGCUACAAGGCGACGAUCGGGGCCGACUUCCUGACGCGGGAGGUGAUGGUGGACGAUCGCCAGGUGACGAUGCAGCUUUGGGACACGGCAGGGCAGGAGCGCUUCCAGUCGCUAGGCGUGGCUUUCUACCGGGGCGCCGACUGCUGCGUGCUCGUGUUCGACGUCAACAACUCCAAGAGCUUCGACGCGCUCGACAGCUGGAGGGACGAGUUCUUGAUCCAGGCGUCGCCACGAGACCCGGAUAACUUCCCGUUCGUGGUGCUGGGGAACAAGAUCGACGUCGAGGAGAGCAAGAGAGUGAUCUCGACCAAGCGGGCCAUGACCUUUUGCCAGUCGAAAGGGGGCAUCCCGUACUUUGAGACCAGCGCAAAGGAGGCGAUUAACGUGGAGCAGGCUUUCGAAGUCAUUGCGAGGAACGCGCUGCUCCAGGAGGAGUCGGAGGAGUUCAGCGGAGACUUUCAGGACCCCAUCAACAUCCAUAUUGAGAAUGACCGGGACGGCUGCGCGUGUUGAGCAGGGUGCCAGCGCUAUAAUGAUGCAGGUUUGACUUGGGCGUUCUUGCUUUCUGUAUGAUAUCACGCUGGGUGUGUCUGGCUUGUGUUGUUUUGGACUCGGCCUCGAUACAGACAGGCUUCCAUCCCGUCCGAGGCUGCCCGAGGCUGCCCGAGGCUGCCAGGUUUUCCCCGGGAAUGCUCCAUAGAGGUACAUUGGGAGCAAUCAGAAUAGGUCACGUUUGAAAUCUAGGUGGGAAUCGUUACACAUGUGCCCGUGCGGUGUCUGGAGUUAACUGAG